AUGCCAGUAAUCAUGGACGACAGCGACGACGAGCGGCGAGUUGGGACACCCUCGACCGCGAAACUCCCCUUCCCGCCYGUCACCAAGUCACACAUCAUGCACUGCUCCUUCCACUCAUGGCACCCCAAAUACCGCACCAUCACACCCAAGGCCCGGGUCAUUCCGCUCUCCCAACCCUUCAUCGACUACCUCCGCGCAGACGGCAUUAUCCUCCCAUCCGACGACGAUGCACAAGAUGCGAACGACAGCGGGUUCUACUCAGACGCGCAAGACGAUGACAGCGAUGACGAGGACGAGGAUGUUGCUGCGAGCUGGCGUGAGGUACAUGAAUCAAUCAGAGCCACAAUCGCUGAGCUAGGUGGAAAGGUUUACCCCAAACUCAACUGGUCUGCGCCCAAGGACGCCACUUGGAUGAACGCCAAUACGAUGGAGUGCCGUACGCCCAAUGAUAUUUACCUGCUGCUGAAGAGCUCUGACUUUGUCACCUUUGAUCUCGAGCAUGCCUUUCAAGAUUGUGUAGAUUCCCCCGACUCCAGAAUUACAACCAACGACAUUCCCUUCCACCUCAUCCUACGUAAAAGCGUCACGACAUACAACCCUUCGGUCGAGUUCCGAUGUUUUGUUCGCGAGAGAAAGUUGCUAUGUAUCUGCCAGCGCGACCUCAACCACUAUGAAUUUUUGGAGAAGAUGGAGGGAAAGCUCAAGAGUAUGAUCAAAGAGUUCUUCGACGUACGGUUGCGGGAUACCUUCGACGAUGAGAGUUUCGUCUUCGAUGUCUACAUCCCCCAGCCCUUCAAUCGUGUAUGGUUGGUGGAUGUAAACCCCUGGGCUCCACGGACAGAUCCUCUCCUCUUCAGCUGGAUGGAGCUGCUGGACAAAGAAGCACCCCCAGAGCCCGAGGAGCCAGAGGAGAUUCCGGAGGGUGCAUUCGCGAGAGUCUAUAUUGGACGACCCGGCAUCAUGGAGAGCCAUACGCCCGCGAGUCCACAGGAGAGCAUGAAUACGCCUUCAGAAUCUGGGAGCGAGGAGGAAGAACUAGACGAAGAGAUCUUUCUCCCUGAGCUCAGACUGGUCCGUAAGAAUGAUCCGGAAGCUUACAACUUCAGCCACACGCAGUACAGUGCUCAUAAGCUACCCAAGGACGUGGUAGAUGCAAGUCAAAGUGGUGAGGGCUUGCGGGAGUUUGCGAGAGACUGGCAAAACAUUCUAGAACAGAGAAAGGCGGCAGAGGAGGCGAAUGGCGAUAGUGAUUGA